CUUUCGCUCGUCGCCUAUUACAAAGUAGUCCUCCCACAGGGCGAGCCUCUGUGAUUGGUGGGCGACUCCCCGCGGAUGGUUUGGGAUUCGAGGGACGGACUUGCCUCUUGGCGCCCAGCAAUUGGUGGGCGGGAAGGCGUGAGAACCUUGAGGGAGGGGAGGCGGACUCCUGAGCGACAUCCCCCACAACACGCGCGCAGCUGAGGUUUUAUUUUACCCGAGGACGAGCGUGGGAGGCAAAGAGACCUUCCGCUGCGUAAGGCUGGAUCGACCCGGAAACAAAAUCUUUUAAAAAAACCUCUUCGCACUCUGGAGGGCGGGGAGAAUUGAUGUGUGGGGAAGACAGGACGGCUUCGCAGGUUGCUAAGCGACGAGGCGGAAGCGCGCGCACACCCGGCCGCCUGGGAGCACCUGGGGGAACUGUGGUGGCCGGGGCUCCGAGCCCAGGACACCCCACGGCGCCCGCGCACUCUGGGGUGCCGCUACCCUUGCGCUGGGAAGCCUCCGCCCGAAUAGUGUGUCACGGUGACCAGGCGAGGGGUUUGCGAGGACUCCCUCCGCGGCGACCAGGGUCCACGCAUCUUUCCCGCUCUGGACGCAGUUCUUUUGAUUGAAGAUUCCAAGUGAGAAGAAAAAGUUAAUUGUGCAUUCUGGUCAGCUGAACUCAACUUGGUAACAGACAGCGAUUCCUUCUGCUGUCAGAUGUCUUUCUGCUUGGCUGAAUUGCACCUGUGGUCUUUGAAGAAUACCUUACAUAUUGGGGAUAGAGACAUCGGGAUCUACCAGUAUUAUGAUAAGAAGGAUCCACCAGCAACAGAACAUGGUAACUUAGAAGAAAAACAGAAGCUGGCAGAAUCACGAGAUUAUCCUUGGACGCUCAAAAACAGACGCCCAGAAAAACUUCGAGACUCACUGAAAGAGUUGGAGGAGCUGAUGCAAAACAGUCAGUGUGUGCUGAGCAAAUGGAAGAACAAAUAUGUCUGUCAGCUUCUCUUUGGUUCAGGUGUGUUGGUGUCCCUAAGCCUUUCUGGGCCGCAGCUGGAGAAAGUGGUGAUUGACAGAAGCCUAGUGGGGAAGCUCAUCUCAGACACCAUCAGUGAUGGUCUUCUCACAGAUAGUUUUAUCAUCUUAUCAUUUUCAUCUCAAAACAAACUGUGUUUUAUUCAGUUUACCAAGAAGAUGGAUUCUCCUGAUAUAAACAGAAGACUGGAAAAACUCUCAGCCUUGGAUUAUAAGAUUUCCUAUCAUGAAAUACCUGGCCCAGUUAACAGGACCACAGAACGUCAUCUAGCUAUCAAUUGUGUUCAGGAUACAGUUGUUUGCUGGUGGCCACUGGUCAGCAAUGCUGCUUGGCCUUGGGCCCCCAUUUCUUCUGAGAAGGACAGAGCCAAUCUGCUGCUCCUGGGUUUUGCUCAAGGAAGACUGGAGGUUCUGAGUUCUGUCCGCACAGAAUGGGAUCCAUUGGAUGUUUGUUUUAGUCCCAAACAGCCUUAUCAGGUGUUUACAGUGGAGUGCUCCAACAGUGUAGACAAAGAGCCCUUGGCCGACACCUGCAUCUAUGAAUGUGUUCGGAACAAAAUACAGUGUGUGUCCAUCACCAGAAUACCACUAAGAUCGAGGGCCAUCAGCUGCUGCAGGAAUGUUACUGAAGACAAAUUGAUUCUAGGCUGUGAAGAUUCUUCAGUAAUUCUUUAUGAAACUCACCGUAGAGUGACUCACUCAGUGCAGGCUGAACUUUUGCCUUCAUUAAUAAGCUGCCACCCAAGUGGUGCCAUUCUGCUAGUUGGCAGCAACCAAGGGGAGCUGCAAAUUUUUGAUAUGGCUCUAUCCCCUCUUAACAUCCAGCUGUUGGCUGAAGACCGCUUACCCAAGGAGACUCUACAAUUCAGUAAAUUCUUCGAUGUUUCCAGCAGUCUUGUUCAAAUGCAGUGGAUAGCAUCUCAGAUUGUUUCUCAGAAGCAUGAAAAUGGGAACAUCUGUGAUCUCUUCUUCCUCAGGUUUGACAGAGGACCUUUGGGUGUGCUUUUGUUUAAACUUGGUAUCUUUACUCAAGGACAGUUGGGCCUGGUUGACAUCAUCUUCCAGUAUAUUCACUGUGAUGAAAUCUGUGAGGCGUUAAGCAUCCUGAGCGGCAUGAACUGGGAUACUAUGGGCCCCCAGUGUUUCAUCAGCAUGAGUGCCAUUGUAAAUCAUCUUCUCAGACAGAAGCUCACGCCAGAGAGAGAAGCACAGCUUGAGGCAAGCCUUGGAACCUUCUAUGCUCCCACAAGACCACUUCUGGAUGCAACUAUAUUGGAAUACAGAGACCAAAUCAGCAAAUAUGCAAGGAGAUUCUUCCACCACUUGCUCAGGUACCAGAGAUUUGAAAAGGCAUUUCUCCUAGCUGUUGACAUUGGUGCUCGUGACCUGUUUAUGGAUAUCCAUUACCUUGCAAGAGAUAAGGGUGAAUUGGCGCUAGCUGAAGUAGCAAGAAAAAGAGCUAGUGACAUUGAUGCAGAAUCAAUAACCUCUGGAAUUGCCUAAGGAUCAAUUGUCAGCUGCUCUCUGACGUCACUGCCAUAGAUCUCAGCCUUUAAGGUGGUACUGAAGGACUCAAAGCCUGCCACUGAGGUAGCUCUAAACCUGAAUAUCAAAGCUGACAAUUACUUCUCAGUAAGAUAAUUCAUUCUCCUUCCCUCACCCUGAGAGAGUUUCAACAUGAUUGAACCUAAAAUGUGCAUAUGCCACUUUCAAACUUGCACUUCUAAUGGGUAAGUAAUACAGGUUGAGCAUCCCUAAUCCAAAAAUCUGAAGCUUUUUGAGCAAGAACAUGACAUCCCAAGUGGAAAAUUAUACAGCCAGCUUCAUGUAAUGAUGGGUCAUAGUCAAAAUGCUGCAGUACAAAAAUAUUAUGUAAAAUUACCUUUAGAUUAUGUGUUUAAGGUGUAUAUGAAACAUAAAUUAAUUUCAUAUUUAGACUUAGAGUCUGUCCUUGAGAGAUUUCAUUCUGUAUGUGUAAAUAUUCCAAAAUUUGAAAAAAUCUGAAAUACUUACUGUGUUUUAUUAUAGAUAAGAAAUACUUGACCUGUACUAUUACUACAUUAGAUAUUAUCUUUAGUUGACCUAUCACUAGAUCUUGUUUCUUGCUAAGGACAUUGAUAUGCCUGCUUAAUAAUAAUAGCUAGUAUGUGUUGGAUACUCAAAAUCAGCCAAACACUAUUUUGAAUCAUAGAUACUAAUUUAAACCUCACCACAACUUUGUGAGGUAGGUACAAUUUACAUUUUUUAUGAGAAGUCACUUUCAAUUAAAUGCUGAAAGCAUACCAUGCUGAUAGGAUUUGUAAUAUUUUAUGAUGGAGCUAUAAGCAUCCUCCAUUCCUCUCUCUCUAGCCAUUUAGGAAAACAAAGCAGGAGGCUAAUUCAUAGCUAGUUUUCUGGGAAUUUUUGUUAGUUGUCCUCUAUCCUUCUUCUUCACCAGGGAAAAGAAAGCCAUCUUUGCAUUUUAAAGCUAUUUAAAGUUACUAAGGAGGAAGAAAGAUUACCACAAAGUUUCAGAAAAAUGAAGAAAACCCACUAUUUAUCAAAAUAUAUCUUGUGUCCUGUGUCUUCUCUGAUCAAGUUCCUGUGGCCAGCUAUUAAUUCUUAGCCAGAGGGCUUGGUGUUCCCUCUUUGAGCCUUGCCUCAUUUCUAGCAAAUAUCUUUUUCCUAAAGCACUAUAAUUCCGCUUUUCUCAGUCUUGUUUUAGGCCUUAGUCUUUGACCUUGUUUCUAUGCCAUGUCAAAGAUAUCAUUCAAUAACAUAAGUAACUGAAGAAAUUAACCUCUUAGAUGACUGUUCUAUUAUACUUUUAUUCCAGAAGACUGGACGAUGCUCACUUAAAAUUAUCAGUGGAAUUAGGAAAGAAUCUCUAGUUUCCUCAUCACUGUUUCUGCCCAUCUCUUCAUUGCAACCCACAUCAUCCUGGAAAACUAAUUUUUUCCUCAGAUUUCCUCCAUUUAUUUUUAACUAUUCUCUCAAACUAUUCCCAAAUAGAAAAUGAUUAAAUUUUGAC